AUGUCACGGCAACAAGGGGUAGAUCGGAUCAUUAAUAAUAAUGCAGGAGAUAGUGGCAAUGGCAGAGAAGAUCUGAGGAGAUAUUUUGCCGACUUAAACAAUCGUGCUCUUGCAUUGAAAGAUGACGUGAUCAGAUUCAAUGAAGCAUUCAGAGCAGACCCACAAAAUCAAAUUAAUCACUUUGGGUUCCAUAUUAAUCUGUUCUGUGGUGUUUUCGAUUCAUUACAAGCAGAGUACUUUUCUGACAAUGUGACCUACUGUGUAUGCGACAAUCCCAUGUCUGGAUGCAACAACUAUUGUGACCCAAAGAGAAAACUCGAUUUUCUUUUAUCCGAAAUACUAAGGUUGAUUGGCGAAAGCUGUUUUUACUAUACGGACGAAAGAUCAGGAAAUCGGAGGAAAAGAGAGUUGAGACAAGGUAUAGAAGCUCUGCCUACAAUAACGAUUUCCAAGAAUCAUCUAAGUGAAGUUAUCAUGUGUGCAAUUUGUUUAUCUGAUUUUGAAGUGGCAGAAGAGGCAUGCCAUUUGCGUUGUAAUGAGAACCACAUAUUUCAUAGGAAAUGCGUCCAACGAUGGCUAAAGAGGCAAAAUCAAUGUCCCAUUUGCAGAACGUCAGCAUACUGA